AUGGCACGCUCAAUUGCAGCGAAAAAGCUGCACAAGGCCGCUGAAUCUGGAGAUCGCGACAAUGCCAAGGAGGCUCUCGACGAGGGGGCAGACGUGAACGCGAAGGGCGGGUUUUUCGGAUCCGCAUGGCAUGCAGCCGCAUCAAAUGGCCACAGAGAGAUCCUCCGCCUACUUCUGGAUCAGCCAGGAGCUGAACCGGAUAUCAAGGAUCGGUCUGGCAGAACACCGCUGUGGCUCGCGGCGAGGGAGGGCUUCACAGACAUGGUCGAAACGCUUAUGGCCACUGGGAUGGUGGAUCCAUGCAGCGGCAGUAUCACCGGCCGUAAUGCACUCUGGUGGCCCAGCAGCAAUGGCCAUACCGACGUAGUUCGACUCUUACUAAAAGCCGGCGUAGAUCCGCACAUGUCUUGCGAGAACGGGAUGACGUCGCUUGAUGUUGCGCAGCGGAACGGUCAUCUGGAACUGGUAUCUCUUUUCUAG